CGACAACUUGAACAUCUUCACAUCCACGUGGUCUACUCGUCCUGUUUCCUGGACGGUCUAGCCUUCAUAGGCAUCCACGGCAAAGCAGAGGCAUGCCGUCAAGGCCUCCGCCGACUCCAUAUGGCUUCCAGUCGCGAUCCACCCCGAACUUCCCCACGAUACGAAACUUGGAGGCUUCGAGCGGCAGCAACACGAGUACAGGCACUGGAAGCGUAACGCCGUCCACUACUGCCGCAGGUCGGGCCUCUCCCGAGAUCAUCACUUCGCCCUCGGAGCCUGCUUCUAUUGAAGACUACUCUCUUGGCUAUGGCGAUGAGUCGGAAGAAGAGUCGGAAGUGGACGAUGAUGAAGAGGAAGAGGAGGAUGGUCAUGUUGGACAUCUCCCACCAAGACCCUCCCUCCAGAACCAGCAUUCAAGAUCGCACACAUACCUCGCGCCGUCCACCUUUGCGCCACCAUUCUAUGGCCGACCACCUACUCCUCUGCCUCCCUCACCCUCCUUGACCUCCCUUCUCCGUCCCAAUUUUAGCAGCCAGAACAGUCGGCCUACCACACCAGAUCACUCAAGUGACGACGGCACGCCACACACGCGCGGCGACGUCACGGGAACGCAGACGCCAAACUCCGCCGCCGCAUCUACGCUGACGAGCAGCUAUCGCGCGGCCAAGCCUAUCGCUAGAGCCAGCCCCAAAGUGCCCACGUACGAAUACUACGGCUUCACCCUGUACCUGACAUCAUCUCUGGCAUUCAUCGUCUACUUGCUCUGGAGCUUUCUGCCUAGCCCUUUCUUGGAGCAGCUGGGCAUCUACUACUACCCCGACCGCUGGUGGGCGCUCGCUAUUCCCGCCUGGACCGUGAUGUUCAUCCUCUACAUUUACGUCGCCUUGGCGAGCUACAACACCGGCUACUUGACACUGCCCAUGAACUCGGUAGAGUGCAUGGUAGAUGAAGCUGCGAAUGUCGCGGCUGUGGAUGCAAGAGGCAAUUUGCUCCGCGAGCAUAAACCAUCAUGGCAGACGCGCACGCCUAAGCGGGUGGAGAAAGGGAAGAAAGGUGGGAAGGGCAAGUGCGGUGGUGGUCGGAGUAGGCAGAACAGUCUGACCAAAUCGCGAGCACCAGCAAUCCCCGGCCAGAGUCUGGAUUGGCGUACUCUUUGGAAUGAAGGGACGGACGCGGUCAUGGAUAUUCCGAUCGGCGGUGUCUGUGAGAUUCUCUAUGGGCGGUAUGAAGACGAUGACGAUCUCAACGGGAAUGCGUACGAUAGAUGAUUGUGCAGGUAAUGUCUGAAUCUAAAUGUUUUUGGACCUCUGAUGUCCACUUCGCUAUGACUGUCGCGGGCUACACUUUCAUGCUGAUCAGUGCGAAUAGCAUCUCCUGUGGUACUACGCGAUUCCACAGAUCUGCCAAUGUUAACAAUUGCGCGAAACACACUCUCGUGACGUCCUGUCCGCAAUCUCCUGUGUGUCUACCGCUGUGGUCAUUCCCAUUCCUCGAGCUCGUUCCUUGCAUUCCUAUCUCGCUACUUCCUAUCGCGCU